CUCCGUCGAGCACAAGCAACCCUGACAAGAUGACCAAGAUCGCUAUCAUCUACUACUCUACCUACGGCCACAUCGCAACGAUGGCCGAGUCCAUCAAGAAGGGCGUCGAGUCCGUGGACGGCGUCACUGCCGAGAUCUACCAGGUGCAGGAGACUCUCUCGGAGGAGAUCCUGACCAAGAUGCACGCGCCGCCUAAGAAGGAUCAUCCUGUCGCCACGCCCGACACCAUCAAGAACGCGGACGGCGUACUAUUCGGCAUUCCCACGCGCUUUGGUUCUUUCCCGGCCCAGGUCAAGGCCCUGUUCGACGCUUGCGGAGGCCUCUGGGCUGCUGGUGCGCUGGUGGGCAAGCCUGCUGGCAUCUUCUUCAGCACUGGUACUCUCGGCGGCGGCCAGGAGACCACGGCCUUCACCGCUGUGACUUUCCUCACCCACCAGGGCAUGUCGUUCGUGCCGCUUGGCUACCGCAGCCCGCUCCUCUUCAACUUGGACGAGAUCCACGGUGGAUCUCCGUGGGGCGCUGGCACCAUCGCAGGCGGCGACGGCUCCCGCCAACCUAGCAAGCUUGAGCUGGACGUGGCGAAAGCUCAGGGCGAAUCCUUCGCCGGCGUGGCCAAGAAGCUGUCGUAAGUAUCGAUGAAUAUUAGCGUUUAAACCUCGUGAAGAAACGUUUUAGCAAAAAGAUACUUUUCUUGCUG